GGCCCCUGCCUGCCGCGGAGAGAGCUGCCGGAUAAUCGCUCCCUGCAGGAGUUAGAUGCGAGGUGAGCGGUGCGCAGGUGGAGCAGGACGCGUCGAGCCGGAUCCGAAGGCGGACAAACGGCGGCGGGUUUAACGGUCCCUCGUGUAGCUCCUGACAGCUCCCGAGGUGGACACCAUGAAGCUGAUCUCCUCCAGCACCCCUCACCAGUAGCCGUGCAGCAUGGCUUCUGCUCCUCCUUCCAUAGAGGACACCAGUGGCUCAUUAGCGCUGCGCUGGAGGCUAACGCCGACAUAGAUCUUUACCACGCAGGACACCGACUUCAAACUGAGCCGAGGCGGCCUGAGCUGCACCCCGCAGGCACUGGUUAAACAUAUGUAUGAGCUCCCUUUAGAGGGUCUUUGAAAACAAUGAUGUCUUGUGCCAGAGCGGCACACGUCCAGGGCAGUGACAUCACCGCAGCGUAACAACAGCAACAUCUGGACUGAGACCUUGGACCAUGUUCUGUCUCUGAUCGGGUGCUUUGGUGGCAGAGCUGGACUGUGCGGCUCUUCCACACUUAGACAAACCUGGACCCUGAGCCAUGUCUCUUCUCUCAGCCCUGAGCCUCGUCUGUGGAUUGAUGCUCCAUGCUUCUGUUAGUGCACUCAGCAGUCACUACUGUGUCCCACGAAAGACUGUCCCCUACCAGAACGAGCUGAAGUUGUUCAGAGAAGAGGGGAUCUUCAACUACUCCACCAUGCUAAUGAGAGACGACCUGGGUGUGCUGCUGCUCGGGGCCAGAGAGGCCAUAUAUGCGCUGGACAUCAACAACGUCUCUGUCAGAAAGGCAGCGGUGUAUUGGCGCGUUACUGAGGAGAAGCAGAGGGAGUGCACGUACAAAGGAAAACACGCUGAGGUGGAAUGCCGGAACUACAUUCGGACCCUGCACAGAGUGAAUGACACUACAAUGUAUGUGUGUGGCACAAACGCUUUUAGCCCCACCUGUGAUCAUAUGACGUAUGUUAAUGGACAGCUGAGGCUGGAGGGAAAGCAGGAGGAGGGGAAGGGGAAGUGUCCUUUUGAUCCCUUCCAGAGAUACUCCUCCCUCAUGGUUGGAAAUGACCUGUAUUCUGCUACAUCCAUCAACUUCUUGGGCUCUGAGCCUGUGGUUCUGCGCAGCUCCGAGUUGGCUCUCCGCACUGAGUUUAAGAGCUCUUGGCUCAGUGAGCCAAACUUUGUCUACAUGGACUUUGUGGGUGAGAGUCAUGAUAGUCCUGAUGGUGACGACGAUAAGGUCUACUUGUUCUUCAGUGAGAAUGCCAUGGAGUACGACUUCUACAGCAAAGUUGCCGUGUCUCGGGUGGCCCGUGUCUGCAAGGGGGAUAUGGGCGGCCAGCGGACACUACAGAGGAAAUGGACGUCGUUCCUGAAAGCUCGUCUGGAUUGUUCCCUCCCUGAACCCAGCCUGCCCCCCAUUGUCCAGGAUGUCUUCCUGCUGAAGCACGACGACUGGAGGAAGAGCGUCUUCUACGCUGUCUUCACGCCGCAGUCGAGCUUGUCCCAGGCCUCUGCAGUAUGUGCGUACAGUGUGUCGGACGUUCGAGGCAUUUUCAACGAGGGCAAGUUCAAGACACCUGUUGCCGUGGAGACAUCUCACGUCAAGUGGGUGAUGUACACUGGAGAGGUGCCAGUUCCCAGACCAGGAGCGUGCAUCAAUAAUGUGGCACGUAAAAUGGGGAUGAAUCGCUCCCUGGACCUUCCUGACAAAACCCUCCAGUUCAUCAGGGACCGGCCCCUGAUGGACGAGGCUGUUCAGCCUCUGACAGGAGGGCCGCUGCUGGUCAAGAGGGGAGCUCUGCUGACUCGGAUUGUGGUGGACAGUGUAUUGGCGCUGGACGGACAGAGACAUGCCGUCAUGUUCAUUGGCACUGAAAACGGUUACAUUCAGAAGGCUGUUAACUACGCUGGAGAGAUGUUCAUCAUUGAGGAGAUUCAACUGUACGAAAACCCCGUGCCUAUUAGCACCCUGCGCCUCCUGCCCAGCAAGGGCCAACUGUAUGCUGGUUCAGAGUUUGGUGCUGUCCAGAUGCCGGUCAGUAACUGCAGCCGUUAUGACACUUGUGUGGACUGCAUCCUGGCCAGGGAUCCCUACUGUGCCUGGGACUUCACCGCCGAGCAGUGCUCCUCAGUCUACAGCUCAUCACCCUCCUCAAAGACUGCAAUACAGAGUCUGAAGGAAGGAGACGCCUCACAAUGUCCUCAGCCAGAUCCAGUAGCAGCUGUGGACUUUACCCUAGUUCCGGAGAACAACAUCCAGCUGCCGUGCCAAAUCCACUCCAACUUGGCGCAGGUCCUGUGGCGAUUCUCUGACCAAACACUUCACUCCAACAAUAAAUACUACAUCUACAGCAGGGGCCUCCUCAUCCUGAGUGCCUCCAAAUCGGACGCUGGCCUGUACACCUGCUACUCGGUCGAGCAGGUCAACAGCAGAACGUACAACAGGACCGUGGCAGCUUAUCAAUUACAGCUCGCCUCUGGCCCAGGAGUCGGGGGCGGCGCUACUCCCGGCAAUGAGGUGACAAAUUCCUCAGGCUCUAUUCACGGUCUGAACACGGCCGCACCAGGGCUGGUGCCAAACCUGGACCAGGAGGACCCGUUGUCCCCCGAGAAUCAAAGCGACACUGGCAGGGUGACUCGUUUGGAGGUGGCCGUGGCUCUGCUGUCGCUGCUUUGUCUCGGCCUGAUGGGGGUCAUAUUUUGGAUCUGGAGUCAAGGACGUUGGGGAUGUUUCAAGUUUGCGCAGCGCCCCAGUGAAAGCGAGGGGAAAAGGCAGUCGGCCGAAUACAUGCACAUCCAGAGCAGAACUUCAGAGAUAAAGCUCCUGGGGCCUGAGUCUGGAAGACCUUUCACUGCCAAUAAUAAUCACUCUGCUGUUGACUUCAAAGGGAACGGGGAGCACCACUUCACACCUAUGGCCAACAUUUCAAGUCUGGACGGUCUGGGAUACAUAAAUGAUGAGUCAGAGAUUUGACUGCUGCUGAGGUAUAGAAUUCAGUCCAGGGCCGACGACAGUGAACUAAUUAUCUUCCUAUAGAUGCACUGCUGUAGAAAGGGUUUUCACAUUAUAAAUUCUUUUGACUGGUGUCCUGUUGCCAGCAGCUGAUGUUCACUGAAGACACUUUUCAGGCUUUUUCCGGUGGAAUUUUCACUCCAGGAAACAGUUGAAAAGUCAUUUUUUUGUACAUGUACUUUUUUGCAUCAUGAUAAAUUGUGAAUACACUUUGUGUAAUAUAUUCUGUACAGCCAAGAUCCUUUUUUUUUUCAACUAUUUAUUUGUCACAAUGAAGUUUUUAUUUCAGCAAUUAUAACACUUGUGAUCCAAGUCUUGUAAAUGGGGUCAACAAUAACACUUUGACCUCUAAUUUCCAGACACAUUUCAUUUUAUGGAUAUUAUUUAAGACAACUUUCAUCAGAGAGAAUACUGUCCAGUCUUUGGCUCUGUUAAUGAUUGAUAAAUGGUCUGUACUAUGCUUUUAUUUCCAGAUGCCUGUUAAUGGACUACAAAUGCACCUCUGUGUUUAAGAAUUUAAACGCCAAUGACUACAAAAAUGAGAUUAUUUCACUCCACUAAAUGUUAUAUCAUCAUUGACAGUGAGCUGUUGUGUCACUGGGAUGCAGAAGCGUGGGCGUAUACUUCUAUCAGUGGAUCGGCUCUUUGCAUCAGAGACACAACGCAGAAAAGACUUUUAGUUUUUGGUGUCAAACUCUGGAAAAUGCAGCCCUUGUUGGGAAUAAAAAAAACUUUAUUGAGAGUUUGACGCGUGUCUAGCUGUCAGUAAUGAUUACUUAUUUGAAAGUGAUGCUGGAAGUUUAACCGUCAGGCUCGUUGCCUUGAUGUCUUCGAGCAGACGCUCCUGUGGAUUGUACGGCGCAAUAACAUCAACAAAAAAAACAGUGACUCCACAAUUACCUCAGACCUGUUUGUUUUUACCGAGUGAGCCUGAGACCUAACAAAAUUACAGGAAAGUAGCCUGAAUCUGCUUCGUGUUUUUCACACUCUGUCAUUAACAACAGCGCUCAGAGCUGCCUUAGGUUUCAUCUCAAACACGUACUGUAGAUAUGAAAGGGUUGAAGUGGGUCUCUGCUCAAUUAUUCAACAGUGCUGUAUAAGAAAGUUGUCAUAAACAGAAUUAAAGGUUAUCCUAUAUUGGUCUAAUAAAAUUACAAUUAAUAAAAUAUUGCAGAUGCAGUUGCCCGGAUUUUGCAGGCUUUUUUUUUUUUU